GUUUGUUUAGAAAUGUUCAGAUUAGCUUCAUUACUCCGUAACAACUCGAUAUCGAAAGGCCAAAGAUGGUUAUCUACUAGAGAUACCAGUAACAUGGCAAAAUUUCGUGAAAGUUUGAAAGCUGCCAAAGGAGUUGCGAUUUUAUCAGGUGCAGGUAUUAGUGCCGAAUCUGGCAUACCCACCUUCCGUGGACCAGAGGGUUACUGGAGAAAAUGGCCGCCAACUUUACUAGCUUCACCGAGGGCGUUCAGAGACGAUCCGAGUCUGGUUUGGGAGUUUUAUCACUAUAGAAGAGAGUUAGCAAGAAAGGCCAAACCUAAUCCGGGUCACAAAGCCAUAGCACAUUUCGAAGCAAGGCACGCAAAGUCUAAAGUAGUAACAGUGAUCACACAGAACGUGGACGCCCUCCACACAAGAGCCGGUACUAAGAACAUAGUCGAGCUUCAUGGGAAUCUGUUUAAGACCAAAUGCACUAAAUGUGGAGAUGUCGCUAUUAAUAUUGACAGUCCAAUUUGCGAGGCACUUAGAGAUAGAGGAGCUCCUGACCAAGAUUUCAAAGGUUCCGACAUACCAAUAAAAGACCUACCCCACUGCAAGAAACCAGAUUGUGGUGGAUUACUCCGUCCGUUUAUAGUUUGGUUUGGAGAAAUGUUAGAACUCUCUGUCAUGGAGAGGGCUGAUGCAGCAAUGACAACUUGCGACGUAGUCUUAGUAGUGGGCACGUCGUCGCUUGUCACCCCAGCAUCUCUUUUUGCGCCAAUGGCCUCUCUCAGGGGAGCUGUUGUGGCAGAAUUCAACAUUGCAAAAACACCCGCCACGCCGGAUUUCUCAUAUUAUUUCGAAGGACCAUCUGGGAAAACUUUACCAAUAGCUUUGGCUUGAUGCCAAUAUAAGACACCAUUUCGUC